UUCUUCCUCCAAAGAUGUGCUUGGAAACUUGAGCAGCGCUGGGGAGAAACCAAAUACUGUAAGCAAUCUAGGAGCCAUGUACAGAAAGUGUUUAGACAAGAAUGAUACUCCUGGUGAUUUCGCCAAUGUUCUAAAGGAAUAUGGAUAUAAUAACUGGCCAAUAAAUAGCUCAAAAAAUGGCGCUCCUGGAUGGAAUCUUACGGAUUUCUUUAACCAUUCUGGAAUUAAUGUACUCUUUCAUUUGGCGGUGAUUGCAGACCCUGCAAACGGCUCGAACUCCAUUAUUAGGAUUGGCCAUAAGCAUGUGGCAGUAUCAAAAGGCGAUGCACUAACCAAAUACAAUCGACUUCUUAUGGACCUUAUGAGCUCAGUAAGCCCAAGCUAUGACAACGUAUCUCUUCAAAAUUUCGCUGACCGUAUAAAUGAGAUCGAGGCAUUGCUCGUCAAUCUCUCGAAUCCUGUGAAUGGUUCCCGGCUGGCUCCUUCUGUGGCAUCAAUCUCCGAGCUACAGCAGAAUUUCUCAAAUAUUCCUCUUCUUGAAAUGCUGAACAAGGAAUUUUCAAAGUUGAACGUGACUUUAAAUGAAUCAGAGAGAGUGAUGGUCAACACAUUAUAUUACUACGAGAAGCUAAACGAAUUUCUGCCAAAUGCGUCUUCUGCUGACCUAGAAAUGUUGUACAAUUACGCACCCAUCCGCAACCUAUAUUUCCUCCUCGAGCACGCUUCGGCAAAAAUCCGAAAGAGCUUUGCAGCAGCAGUGGACAUCACACUCAAAAAUGAAAGAGACUGGGACGAUUGCUACACGUUGCUAAGAGAAAAUACACCUGAGGUCAUUGAGUACGCAUACAUAAACUCCACAUCCCGUCUCGACGACCGAAAUGAGGUGUUGAAAAUAGCCGAAAGGAUUCGUGAGACAUUCAACGCUACAAUUGAAAAUGCCGACUGGAUGAGCAACGAGAGCAAAGCUAUUCUGCAGCAGAAAUUAAGUGACAUGGCUUUAGGAAUUGGAUGCCCGGAAUAUAUCUUGAACAUCACAUAUAUUGACCAUGUGUACAAACACGUACCCAGAUUCAGUCCCGAUACAUCUAUACUCGAAAUGAUGUACUUCCUUCACCAAAACAAGUACUUGAAGGAAUUGGCUUCGCUAAAGGGACCAAGGCUCAGCGACAGCUUGUUGCAAAGGUGGCAGAAAAGCGCCUUGGACGUGGGUUUCUUUUACUAUCGUCCGGAAAACCGAAUCGAAAUACCUUGGGCAAUGUUCUCUCCUCCAUUUUUCCAGCGAGGACUUCCUCGAUCCCUAAACUAUGGUGCCAUCGGCGGGCUUAUUGCUCACGAAAUGUUCCAUGCCUUCGACGCAAGCGCUAUGGCAAGCAAGAAUGCUGAAAUAAACAUAAAACUGGAUUCUAAUGAUACAGCGGCGUUUAAAAACAAAACGAAGUGUUUUUUCAACCAAUACAAGAACGCCAGCGAGACGCUGUGGAAGGGUAUCGACCCCGCGGACUUUUGGGACCCCGAUGAAUAUAAUGACUCGAAUUCCGUGUCAUCAGCUGGAGCCUCAGCUGGCCACUGGCUCUGA